AUGGCCGUGGUGGCCAAGGCAGCGGGCAGUGCCAGUGUGUCAGAGCACUCUGACAUAAAUAUGGGAUUAUUAAAGUGGACAAACUUUGACCCCUUGGAAUUCCUAGAAGAGUUAAAGAAAAUAAAUUAUCAAGUGGACAGCUGGGAGGAAAUGCUGAAUAAGGCUGAAGUUGGCCAUGGUUACAUGGAUCGACCCUGCCUCAAUCCAGCCGAUCCGGAGUGUCCAGCCACGGCCCCCAACAAAAAUGCAACCAAACCCCUUGAUAUGGCCGUUGUUUUGAAUGGUGGAUGUCAUGGAUUAUCGAGAAAAUAUAUGCACUGGCAGGAGGAACUGAUUGUGGGUGGCACAGUCAAGAACAGCGCUGGGAAGCUGGUCAGAGCCCAGGCCCUGCAGACCAUGUUUCAACUAAUGACCCCCAAGCAGAUGUACGAGCACUUCAAGGGCUACGACUCCGUGUCCCACAUCAACUGGAAUGAGGACAAGGCGGCCGCCAUCCUAGAGGCCUGGCAGAGGACAUAUGUGGAGGUGGUCCACCAGAGCGUCGCCCCAAACUCGACUCAGAAGGUGCUCUCCUUCACCACCACCACCCUGGAUGACAUCCUGGAAUCCUUCUCGGACGUCAGCGUCAUCCGUGUGGCCAGUGGCUACUUGCUCAUGCUUGCCUACGCCUGCCUGACCAUGCUGCGCUGGGACUGCUCCCGGUCCCAGGGCGCUGUGGGACUGGCGGGCGUCCUGCUGGUGGCACUCUCGGUGGCUGCAGGACUCGGCCUGUGCUCAUUGAUCGGGAUUUCCUUUAACGCUGCAACGACUCAGGUUUUGCCAUUCCUUGCUCUUGGCGUUGGUGUAGAUGAUGUUUUUCUCCUGGCACAUGCGUUUAGUGAAACAGGACAGAAUAAAAGAAUCCCUUUUGAGGUAAUGAGAAAACAGAAGAAAUCUUGGGACGGUCCAAGAUCCCUCUGGUUCUGA